UGCUCCAUCUCAAGAGUUAAAUGAACCUGAUCCCAGAACUGGCCUUGUGGGCACAUCAAAGUUCACUGGGAGCUUAGAAGUGGACCCUUGCUUCCUUGGGAAAGUGGGAUGGUUGGUGGUGGGGUCCUGAAAUCACCUGAUUCCUGGAAGGUGACAGCUGAGGGCCUGCCUGGGAGCUCAUGCAGCCACCUAGAUAGACGGAGCACAACUGACCCAGGUGAGCGGGUGCUGGGGACCAGGAACAGCCUUGUCACUGCUACCCCUCACCACCCAGGACAUUCACCCAACACCUCUAUCACCAUUCACCCUGCAGUGGCCUGGCUCUGGGAUGAGGGCCAGGGGCCACCGAGCUGGGGUUAUGCUAUCCUAUGACCUAGAGAACUAGGAUUGUGGGGACUUGCUGGGGCACCUAUUGGAAGGUUCUAGCAAUAUAGGAAAUCUCCCCCAGCUGUAGCCUUUCCUGUCACCUUGAAAGGUGGAGUGAUAGCACAGGGGGGACCAGGACAACCACCCAGGCUGGACACCCAAGAUCGGAGUGUCAGGACUGCCCUCUGCCAUGCCUCCCUCCAGGGUGGGGGUGGCAGAAAGGCUGGGAGGGGAUCUGUAAAAAGAGGAACCAGGCAGGGGGAGGAGAGAAGAAGAAGGGGGCCCCCAGUCACGAGCCCCAGCAGGGCCGGAAAGGGCUCCCCACCCCCAACAAGCACGGACACAGCUGGGGUGUUCAAAGCCACAGGCCAGAUCCAACCACACAGGAGGCCACCGCUUUCCUGCCUCAAUUUCCCCUCUGUGUGUAGCUGUGCACUGGGGCUGGUCCUCAGAGGGCCAGGGUCCUUCCAGGGACUGAGAGGACGGAAGGUGAAGCCCGGAGGGGUCACUGACAGUCCUGCCCACUGGCCGGGGCGGGGCGAGAGGCCGAUCUUGGAGAUCCCCGCCCGCUGGUUUCCUCCGGGGUCAGCCUGGCUCCUUAUCAGUCUGGGCCAGGCGGCCAGGCCCUUAUCUGCGCUGGCCCAGCAUCCUCCAGCCACUGCGCCAGGGGUAAGAGGGAGGAAACCGGCCACCGGGGGGGCGGGGAGAGGGCGGGCCGGCCGGCCCCUGAGCUGCUCACUUUUCCUCGAGGGACCCAUGCUGCUGCCACCACCGAGGCCCCAAGGCCCUUGAGAGCCCAGAAAGAAGUGAAGCCCAGACAGAGUGGCUGGCUGCCUGGGGUAGAGUGGAGAGGCUGGAGGCCGCAGGGCCGGGGAGCCUGGCCUGAAGCUGGAGCCAUAUUCCUGCCCUGACCGACAGAGCCAGGGGACUCAGCAGGCAGCAGGACCAGCGCUGGGGCUGCCCCCUGGUGUCCCGGUGAUCAGCUUGGGCCACACUAGGCCCCCAGGGGCAGCCAUGGCCACCACAGAGCAGAGUGCCCUUCGGCCCCCACUGCUGCAAUUCUCCGCCCUGGGAAGUGCCCCAACCCCUCUGGCCCUGCAUUACCAUCCUCACCCCUUCCUCAACAGCCUCUACAUUGGGCCGGCAGGACCUUUUAGCAUCUUCCCUAGCAGUCGGCUGAAGCGGAGACCGAGCCACUGUGAGCUGGAGCUGGCUGAGGGGCAGCAGCCCCAGAAGGUGGCCCGGCGUGUGUUCACCAACAGUCGCGAGCGCUGGCGGCAACAGAACGUGAACGGCGCCUUCAUGGAGCUCAGGAAGCUGCUGCCCACGCACCCUCCCGACCGGAAGCUGAGCAAGAACGAGGUGCUCCGCCUGGCGAUGAAGUACAUCGGCUUCCUGGUGGCUGCUCGAAGUCCCCCGGAGAGGGACCUGUGA